ACAGGCACACACAUACUGGGCAGCCAGUGGGGCUGCUGUUCUCUCUGGACUCUGUGUCUCUCACACUCUCCGUCUGUCUCUCUGUGUCUCUCACACUCUCCCUGUCCGUCUCUCUGUCUCUCUCUCCCUGUCUGUCUCUCUCUUUGUCUCUCACAGUCCCCCUGUCUGUCUCCCUCUGUCUCUCACUCUCUCUGUCUCUCUCACACUCUCCCUGUCUGUCUCUCUCUGUCUCUCCCUCUCUCUCUCUCUGUCUGUCUCUCUCACACUCUCCCUGUCUCUCUCUCCCUCUGACUCUCCCUGUCUGUCUCUCUCUGUCUCUCUCUUCAGUGUCUGGACAGAGGGAUGAGUGUGGAGGUAGAACGGAAGUUUGUGUGUCGCUCUGACACAGAGACCAGACUGAAAGAGCUAGGAGCUCAGUUUGUGGGCGAACGCAGUUUUCAUGAUCGCUACUUUGAUACCGAGCAGUUCACCCUGACCCUGUCUGACACCUGGCUACGCUGCAGAGGGGCAUGCUGGGAGCUGAAAUGCCCGGUCAGAGUGAGGGAGGGAGAGGAAGAGGAGGAGGAGAAAGGGAGAGAGAGAGGAGGAGGAGGAGGAGGAGGAGGAGAAGGACGAAACAUAAAACUGUGUACCCGCUAUAGGGAGAUAACUGAGCUGUCGGAGAUUGUGGAUAGGGUGAGGCAAGUGGUGCUGAGAGAGAAGAGGGGAGAGGGGGAGAGAGAGAGGGAGAUUUUAAAGGAGGGAGAGGGAGAGCGCUCCUGCAAGACUGAAGCAGAGAAGGAAGGAGAGGGAAGGGGGGAGAGGGAGAAGGAAGGAAAGAGAGAGGGAAGGGGAGAGGGGGAGAAAGAAGGAGAGAGAGAGGGACGGUGGGAGAGACAGACAGACAGUGCUUGGCUGGGUGAGUUUGCUCUGGUGCAGUUUGCCUCUUUCACCACUGUGAGGCGCUCCUACAUCCUGCAGGGAGGGGUGCGGGCCGACCUGGACUUGGUGGAUUUCGGGUUCGCAGUGGGAGAACUGGAAGUGCUGGUGGAGACCCCGGAGCAGAUCCCAGCAGGUGCCGAGAGGAUCGCAGAACUGGUGGAGAAACUGGGUCUCAGCGAGGCCUGUAAGAAUCGGGUCCCUGGUAAAAUGGACGCCUACCUGAAGCAGUUCCACCCAGAGCACUAUGGGAGACUACUGAGAGCUCACAAGCUGCACCCCUGAAACAGAGACUGCACCCCCGACUGCACUCCCCGAUCUCUCUGCACCCCCCGACGAUCUCUCUGCACUCCCUGAUCUCUCUGCACCCCUCACUCUCUCUGCACCCCCUGAUCUCUGCGGUAUCAUUUUGUAGUUUCUUUGAUUACAUGAUGUUAAAUAAAAGAUCUACUAAAUUA